UUCCCUCACUGCAAAAAAGAGCAACCUUUCAUGGCUUCCAUCAUUGUGCCCACGUGCUCCCCGACCUCUCUUCAGCUUCGAUUGGCCUUCAAUGGCAGGAAAUUCCCCCUCACUCUGCACUCUCGGCUACCCAAUUUCAACCCUCGGGUUCGCCUUCUCUGCGCUGCGCAAAACGGAACCGGGUCGGAAUGGGUCGGGUCGAAUCCUAAGGUCGACGCGUUGUCGGGUUGGUCCGAUUCCGGGGGUGGGGACGAGCCCAAAAACUCCCAAAAAAAGGAAUCAUAUGGAGGAGUUGUGGGAGUAGGAGUGGCUGGAGUACUUCUUCUUUCAGGUCUUACCUUUGCUGCCUUAUCUCUCAGCAAACGAACUGGUUCCAGACCACAGCAAGAAAUGAAGCCCUUGACUACGCAGCAGGAGGUGCUUUUGUCUUCUGAUAACCAUAAUGAUGAAAGUACAGAACAAGUAAAUGCUGGUAACACGGUGGAGGUGGAGCAAGGAAAUGAUAAAAUGGAAGGUCAGGUAGAUGUAUCCAGGGAUUAUUCAUCUCCUGAGUGUGAUAAUAUUCACAGUGAUCAUAGAAUUGUUGAUGAUUCUGAUUUAGGAUUCCAGUUGGUAUAUGAUAGUAAAAACACCUCCAAUGGUAUUGAUGAUGCCACUAAACAUAUAUCUGUUCCAGAAGACUUACAACAUGAAUCAGCUCUUGAUGACAAGUUAGUUGCUCCCAGUGAAAGCCCAAUGCCAUUUGAGUCGGAAAAUGCUGUUAAUUCUUUUAAUGCUAAUGGAUUUAGAGACUUUGAUAGCAACCCUGAUGUAGAUUCAGCAGAAUCAACUGCUGAACUUAAAGAGAACCUCUUCAAUGUUGAACCAGGAAACAUGCCCAACUCCGAUGCUAAGCCACUACAGCUUAAGACUGAGAACCAAGAUGAAAUAAGCAGUUCUAGUGGCAGUAGAAGUUCCGGUAUUUCCAAAACAUCUUCUAGUUUAGAUGCUGAUAAUGAGACUGAAAUUGCCAAUAUUGUGGUCAAUCCUGAGUCAAAUAACACAAUUUCAGAUCCUAAGUUUUUUACUGAAGAUGAUCAAGGGAAUGUUCUAUCAGCUUCUAAUUCAAACAAAGAAAAUCUUGACCUGAACAAAAUUCCACUUGUCUCAGGUGAGGGAAAUAAGUCAUCCUUUGAAGAGCAGAGCAUUCCUGGAAAUGACCUGUUUAGAAAAUCAUCUAUAUCAUCAUCAGCCAAUGAACUGGUAGAUGAGCAGGUUGGGAACUAUAAUAAUGAGGUUAAUAAAGUUAGAUCUGAAUCUCCAAAGUCUGGAUCUGUUUUCUCUGCCCCUGGCAUUCCCGCUCCAUCAGUAGUUUCUGCAGCUGUACAGGUGCUACCUGGAAAGGUUUUGGUUCCUGCAGUUGUUGAUCAGGUUCAGGGGCAAGCAUUAGCUGCAUUGCAAGUUUUAAAGGUUAUUGAGCCUGAUGUUCAACCUGGUGAUUUAUGCACACGUCGUGAAUAUGCUCGCUGGUUGGUGUCUGCUAGCAGUGCUCUUUCAAGGAACACAAUUUCGAAAGUAUAUCCUGCUAUGUACAUAGGCAAUGUUACUGAGCUUGCAUUUGAUGAUGUUACCCCUGAGGACCCUGAUUUUUCUUCCAUUCAAGGCUUGGCAGAAGCUGGACUUAUUGAAAGCAGGCUUUCAAGAAGUGACCAACAGUUGUCUGCUGAUGAAGACAAUAGCCCAUCUUACUUCUCCCCUGAAAGCCCUUUAUCACGUCAGGAUCUUGUCAGUUGGAAAAUGGCCCUAGAGAAAAGACAGCUUCCUGAAGCUGACAGAAAGAUGCUGUACCGACUUUCUGGUUUUAUAGACACUGAUAAGAUACAUCCCAAUGCAUGCCCUGCAUUAGUAGCUGACCUAUCUGCUGGGGAGCAGGGAAUAAUAGCUCUUGCAUUUGGUUAUACACGAUUGUUCCAGCCAGAUAAACCAGUAACAAAAGCCCAAGCAGCUAUUGCCCUUGCUACUGGAGAUGCUUCUGACAUUGUUAGUGAAGAGCUUGCGCGCAUUGAAGCAGAAUCUAUUGCUGAAAAUGCUGUUGCUGCACAUACUGCUUUAGUAGCUCAAGUUGAGAAGGAUAUCAAUGCAAGUUUUGAGAAGGAGCUUUACAUAGAGAGGGAAAAGAUCAAUGCUGUUGAGAGAAUGGCUGAAGAGGCUAGACUUGAGUUGGAAAGGUUAAGAGCUGAGAGAGAAGAAGAUAAUAUUGCCCUGAUGAAGGAACGGGCUGCUAUUGAAUCAGAAAUGGAGGUUUUUUCAAACUUAAGACAUGAGGUUGAGGAUCAAUUGCAAAGCCUUAUGAAUAACAAGGUGGAAGUAGCAUAUGAGAAAGAGAGGAUUAGCAAGCUUCGGGAUCAAGCAGAAGUUGAAAACAAGGAGAUUGGCCGUUUACAGUAUGAGCUAGAGGUUGAACGAAAAGCCUUGUCCAUGGCCAGGGCAUGGGCAGAGGAUGAGGCCAAACGAGUAAGAGAACAAGCAAGAGCCUUAGAGGAGGCUAGAGAUCGUUGGGAGAGGCAUGGAAUCAAAGUGGUAGUUGGUGAUGACCUACGUGAGGAGUCCUCUGCUGGAGUUACAUGGCUCAAUGCUGGAGAGCAAUUCUCAGUUCAAGGAACAGUUGACAGGGCUGAGACCUUAUUGGACAAGCUCAAAAAAAUGGCAGCAGAUAUCAGAGGGAAAUCUAGAGAUACAAUUGACAAAAUCAUCCACAUGGUUUCCCAAUUUAUAUCAAAAUUGAGGGAAUGGGCAUCCAAAACAGGAAAACAGGCUGAAGAAUUAGGAGAAGCUGUCAUGUCAAAGGCAGGUAAGUCAGCCAUUGAGUUGCAGCAAGGUGCCCUUGAACUUGGAUUUGCUGUCAAAGAAGGUGCAAAGCGGGCUGCUGGUGAUUGUAGAGAAGGGGUUGAGAGAGUCACUCAAAAGUUCACCCAAAAGUUCAAGACCUGAUCCAUCUCUGUUGCUCCUCCAAUAUUUUUUUCAAGCUUAUUGGUUGUUGAUUGGCCGAAACUGUAAUUUACUUUUGUUUUUUCUUUUUCUAGUGCUUCAAUAGACACGUGUGCCAGACAUGAUGUAGGAACAUUGGCAGUUCUAACGUCCAAGAACUGCCUUUGGAAUAUGGCAAUAUAUUCAUGUGAAGCCAUGUUUUGUAUAAUUGAAACCAGUAGCAAUUGUAGUUGAGGAAUAAUCUGUUGUAAUUCAGCAUAUUGCCUAGAUUGCUCAAAUGUCUGUAGCUCAUUUCGUUCAUGUGAAGUUAAAUAAAUUAACCAAAGAUCAAA